CUACAGCUGAUGAGAACCACAACAAAAACAAAUUCAAGCAGACCCAUCAAUAAUUCAAUUUUUUGUUCAAUUUCUUUGAAAACUAUCUAGAAAUUGUUUAUUUGUCAACCAGGCGAUGGAUUAUAACAUCAGUAGAUUGUGUAGAGUGUGUUUGGAAGAAGGUGUGUUCACUUCAAUAUUUAAUACGGAGCUAGUGGCGAUGGCUCCUGCGGAUAUGCUUACAAUGUGUGCGAAUAUAAAGGUGUCGAAAAAUGAUGGACUGCCGUGUACUAUUUGCAAUAACUGCAUGUACCGAUUGGGAGUUGCAUUUCACCUGAAGCAGCAAUGUGAAAACUCCGACAUGAGACUGAGACAGUACAUCGGGCUGAUGACUGGUGUGUACACCAAUUCAAUGGAUAAAGAAACAAUGACGGACGACUCUUGUUUAUUAGUCUCCAAAAAAUCUGAUCUGGAAGGUGAUCAUAAGGUUACUAAAAAGAGAUCCAGUGGUAGAAACAGAUACAAACCAAAACCACCAGAAGAUCGUAAGAAGCGUGGGCCAAAACCUACACCUAAAUUGCCACAAACUUGCUACCAGUGUCAUAAGACUUUUAAAUGCUCAGCCCAGCUGCAAAUGCACUUGCGGACACAUAGCGGCGAGAAACCUUAUGCGUGCAAUUACUGCUCUAGGCGGUUCGCUCAAAAGCACAAUCUGUCAAUCCACAUCCGAACGCACACAGGCGAACGCCCGUACCAGUGCGAAAUCUGUAGCAAGCAAUUCUCUGCCCUGGGCAACUUUCAAGCACACAAGAAGAUCCACUCAAACCAACGGGAUCACAUCUGUCCGUCGUGCAACAAAGCAUUCAUCACCUCCGGUGAUCUUUCCCGGCACAUGGUGUCUCAUUCUGGCAUCAAAAACUACCACUGUGAUAUUUGCGCCAAAAGUUUCAGCAGAAAUCGGGACAUGGUUGCGCACAAGAAGAAGAUCCACCUGAACGAUCGAUCGGCCGAAAGCUACAAAUGUCUCGAAUGUCAGAAGGUUUUCGCAACGACCGACAGUCUCGAUCUGCACAUGCGAAUGCACACUCCUAUGCCAUCGGCACCGUUGAUGCCUGCUCCAGCACCGCAGCCGCAACCGCACAUACAACAACCGAUCGCGAUCGCCCCGCAUCAUAGUCUGGGACCGAACCCACUGGGAGUCAGUCUCGGAAUGUUACCCCAUACCCAUUCCCAGAGCGGCUAUCACACACAGAUGCACCCGGCUCAGCGAUUGCAUCCAUACUGAGCGGGAGCGGUUUUGUCUAUUUAUCUUUCGGAUCAAAUUAAGCGCACCCGAGAUGGAAUUGAUUUUCGUAACAA